GAGUUUGACUGGGCCAUCCAUUGCAACGAAAACGGUUUUCUGUCUCGAGUCUUGUGUGGAUUGUGUUUGUAUUGUGUGUGAUAUUUAUUCAAAAUACGAGUGCGAAUUAAAGUGUUUAUUUGUGUUUUGUGUGAUAAUGGCUAUGGCACUUCAGCCGUCGCCAGCGUGAAUUGAUAAGACUCUAGUGCAGUGAACUUUACGGAACCGCCGCCUCGAGUGCUACCCAACCACAAUGAAAAUGGUGUUGUCACAACGGCAACGGGAGGAGCUGAAUAAAGCAAUCGCCGACUACCUGGGCAGUAAUGGCUACACGGACGCGCUGGAAGCGUUCAAGAAGGAGGCCGAUAUGACCGGCGAGAUGGACCGCAAAUUCGGGGGUCUACUCGAAAAGAAAUGGACCUCGGUCAUUAGGCUACAGAAGAAGGUAAUGGAAUUAGAAUCCAAAUUAUCCGAGGCUCAAAAGGAAUUUAUCGAAGGAGCGCCGACUCGCGCCAAGCGGACGCCUGCGGAAUGGAUACCUCGUCCACCAGAAAAGUUCUGUCUGACCGGACACCGGGCAACUAUUACUAAGGUAAUAUUUCAUCCAGUGUUCAGUUUGAUGGUUUCAUCAAGUGAAGACGCCACCAUUAAAGUAUGGGAGUUUGAGAGCGGCGAGUACGAACGAACCCUGAAAGGACAUACCGACUCCGUUCAGGAUAUCGCGUUCGACCACCACGGAAAGCUGUUGGUGUCCUGCAGUGCAGACAUGUCUAUCAAGCUGUGGGACUUCAACCAAACGUUCGAGUGCGUGAAGACGAUGCAUGGUCACGAUCAUAACGUGUCGUCUGUCGCGUUCUCGCCGAGUGGGGAUAUUGUCUAUUCGGCCAGUCGCGAUAAGACCAUUAAGGCGUGGGAAGUGGCAACUGGAUACUGUAUCAAGACGUACAAGGGUCACCGCGAGUGGGUUCGUAUGGUUCGCGUAUCUCCCGACGGCACAUUGCUCGCCUCCUGCUCCAACGAUCAGACCGUACGAGUCUGGAAUGCGGACACCAACGAAUGCAAGAUGGAGUUGCGCGAGCACGAGCACGUGGUCGAGUGUGUGGCGUGGGCACCUGAAGCUGCGGCCGCGGCCAUCAACGAGGCGGCCGGCGGGGACAACCGGCGCGCCGCACACGCCGGACCAUUCCUCGCCAGCGGCUCGAGGGACAAGUCCGUCAAGAUCUGGGACGUGAGCACUGGCCAGUGCCUGGCGACACUGGUGGGUCACGACAACUGGGUGCGCGGCGCCGCGUGGCACCCGGGCGGCCGCUACCUGCUCACCGCCUCCGACGACAAGACGUUGCGCGUGUGGGACGUGGCGCACACGCGCUGUCUCAAGACCCUAUACGCUCACCAACACUUCGCCACCAGUCUCGAUUUUCAUAGGAGCUUGCCAUACGUGAUAUCGGGCAGCGUUGAUCAAACCGUAAAAGUUUGGGAGUGUCGCUAAGAGCGUUGCCAUUUUAGUAACUUAAAACUCACCGAUGAUAUCUUUAUCAUUAUUUUUUCACACAUUAGCUGAAAUGAGUUGCAAACGCAAUGGUUAAAUCUUUUUUUAUUGGAGACAGGAAUGUGGUUAUUUAUUAAUGAUAUUUCCCCCUACUCAUUGUAAUCUUCUCGUAUACUUGACGAUGCUGUGGCUGCUGGUAUACCAGAAAGCCCAUACAAGCUCACUUCUCUACAUCACAUACCUGAUAAUACAUUUUAGAACGUCACAUUCCAUUAAAUUUAUAAUGGUUCUUAUAAAUAUAAUAGCUAAUAUAAUAUUACCUGAUUGUAUAUAGAGUUUUUGGGAUAAUUUCUGGACGAUGGAGUUGGUACAUAGCAUUUGUCAGGUACUCGAUUAGAAAUAUGAAGUAAGGCAAAAAAGCUGUGUUAUAAUUUAAUAUGUCAUUCUGUUUUAUUUUAUAGUUAUUGUUUAUUAAUAGGCGCGUUUAGAUAUAAUUUUUAUUUAAUAUAAAUAGAAAAUGUUUUUCUUAAAUGUCCCGUUAAGGCAUAUUUGUACCGUGAUUUGUUUUAUUGAUAAUUUUAGUUUUAUUAAAUUUGAUACUGAUGGUUAUUCAUGACAAAGAAUACAUUAAUAUUAUUUCCUAUUUCAUUGAAAUCAUUAUCAUUAAAUAUGCCCCUAAUAAUUGUACAUAUUAAUUAAUAUUGGUCUCUGCUCGACUUGAUGUUCAUUACGUUUGUUUGCAAUUACGCUAACAGCAUUAAUGGUCAUCUAUGGAGACAACGAAUUUGCGAGCAUAAAAGUUUUUUUUUAUUACGCUUCACAGACAAUGUUUGUUAUACAAGCUUUUUCACUAAGAACAUAUUCAUAGACUUAUUUUAAGUUUUGGUAUUUCAAAACUUUAACUAUAAGUUAGAGUGUUUUUUAAACGUUUUUAAAUUAUUUAUUUUAUUUCCAAAUUACAUUUAGUCUUCAAUAAUAAUAACUCAGCUGAGCACCGAGCAUUGAAAUUGCUAGAAUAGUGAUCAUUAUAAUAUUCCUAUUUUAAUUAUUAUAUUUGAACAGCUUACAAUUGUAUUGAAUAAAAAAAAAUUCAUGUAAAUUAAAGUGUGUGAUAUA